GACUUUUUUAAUUUUCAAAAUUGCACACGUGUAUAGUACGUAUUUAGUUGAGGAGUGCUAUUCCCUUCCUCCGCCACUCACUCCUCCGAGCACCACCCGUGGCAGCCGCCUACUACAUGGAGGUUUCGAUUCGUCAUCGUAUCUUUAAUUCUUCUACCUUAACCCCAGCUUGGUUGUCCAGAACACGAUUUAACCUCUCUCAACCGGUUCUUCUCCCCGCUCGCCUUCGUAAGUCGCAUCUCCUCCGAACCCUCUUUCCAAUAAUGGACUCUCGCUCUCACUUUACAAUCCCUCACGCCUUCGAUGCUAAUGGGUCUCCUUCGAUGACGAAAGAACUGGGUGGAAGAGUUGGAGAAGUGAAGAGGGUUACGAAGGAGACGAAUGUGCACGUGGAGAUUAAUCUGGAUGGUAAUGCCGUGGCUGAAAAUAAUACAGGGAUACCAUUUCUGGACCACAUGUUGGAUCAACUUGCUUCGCAUGGAUUGUUUGAUGUGCAUGUGAAGGCUACUGGGGACACUCACAUUGAUGAUCAUCAUACCAAUGAAGAUGUUGCCCUCGCCAUUGGAACGGCUUUGCUACAAGCCCUUGGUGAUAGAAAAGGAAUCAACCGGUUUGGAGACUUCUCAGCUCCACUUGACGAAGCACUAAUACAUGUUUCAUUGGAUUUAUCUGGAAGACCACAUUUGGGUUAUGAUCUACACAUACCGACAGAGAGAGUUGGUACAUACGACACUCAGCUGGUGGAGCACUUCUUUCAGUCCUUGGUCAAUACCUCUGGAAUGACACUCCACAUACGGCAAGUAUGAUUGUUCGACUCAUUUCACAUCUUCAGUGAUGGUUAGGCAUAGCGAUGCUUUUUUGUUACUACUGAUGGUAACAAUUCUUUGACAUGAUUUCUUAUGUUUACAGAAAAAGUGAAUACACCUUUGAUAAUUUACUUA